GUCUCUGUAACAGAACUCCCUCACCGCCGCCAUGUCGAAGAAAUCAGACCUGCUCGUCCGCGUACGCUACCAGAACCCGCUCCCCCAGCCCCCCUUCCCCCCCAAGCUCCUCGAUGUCCCCACCACCGUCGCCCGCCUCGGCCGCCCCGAAUUCCUCGAACAGCUCGCCGCAAGCACCCCUCUCGCCAUGCUCGUAGACUCGGAAAUGGGCAUGCACAUCGACCUCAAUCCCUACGACGGUGUCUGGAACGGGGAAGAUCAAUCCCUCAAUCCGAUCCCCGAUCCCGAUAGAGUACAGAACCCCAUCGACCUCACUCUUCUUGCCCCUUUCAAUCCUCCUCCUACCGCCACUGGCGAGACCAAAUCAGCGCCAUCCGCCACAGACGUGUCCUGGAUGCGAAACAAUAGCUACAUUACCCGCAGGAAUAACGCUCGCCGCAAGGAAACAGCGGCAGAAGCUAAAGAAGACGAGGUCGUGGAUGCCUCUGAGGCUGCCCAGCUGUUGACCAUCGAAAAGUCCUUUUUGGAUAUCGCUACGCAGGAUCCGAAAGAGGUCAAGCACCCCGACCCCAAGAAAAGAAAUCUCACGGUUGUUGACAGUUACGACAUUCUUCCCGACGAUGAGGCUUGGUCAAACAAUUACAUCCUCCUCCGGUUCCCCGAGAGGCCUUCUGCUUCCACAGCUGUCAACCCAGCUGCCGGCGCAUCGUCGCCACGCUUGGCCAAAUCCAUUCUCCGGCCUAUUGUGGAAGACGAGCAGCAGAUGAUGGACUUUUAUCUCCCGCAAGAAGAAGAUGUGGCCAAGAUCGACGACGCCUACAAUCAGGCUGUGGAUGAGGAGCCUUUGCAAAGAAUACUGCAACUGAGCGCAGACGAUACAGAUGAUCCCGAGAUUGACCGCACCUUUGCCAAUACUCAUUACGACCGCAUCCGCACGUACGAAGUGGUCAGCACCGUGGUCCCUGAAAAGGAGGUGCUCGUCUCUUUCCAAGAAGAAGAGAGCCAACACGUCGAUGAGAACGAUGAACGGCCAGCAAAGAAAAGAAAGGGUGUCUACUACAAAGAAAUCAAUUUCAAGACUCUGUUGCGAAAGACCCGAUCCAAGCGACGCGAGGAAUUGGACAAUCAAGAUGACCGAUGGGACAAGGGCCGUAUCGGAUUCAGAAAACCGAACGAGACCGACGCCGAACUACGCCGAAAGGGUCGCAGUCGUGUGGCCGAUCCAGGAUGGGCAAAUGAACAAUUGCGGGCGAUCCACGGCGGAGAAAAUAUGGCGGAAGGGCAGGGAGAAGCCAUCGAUGACGAGGAAGAUGAACCGGAUGAUGGCGCUCUUUGGGCCGAAAGGGCGGCUCGAGACGAGGACAGUGACUAGGAUGAAG